UCAUAUGCUGGAAGUUGAGGCUACGAAAAUCGCACUAAAUCUGCCAAGGGUUUGUAGAGAAGCGGAGCGGAUCGUAAACCCUUGGUUAGCGAAAAUGUAGACGUGCGUAUGUAGACCUUCCUGUUAUCGCCAAUAUCUAUUCCACUAAAGUUUACACUGCAAUGUAAAAAUAUGAACUAGAGGAGACAUUUAUCACUAAAUACAGUUUGUACAUGUAACUUGACUAUCUCUCUUUCUCCCUCUCUCAUUUUUCUCUUUCCCUAUCUCUCUUCCUCUUUUUCUUCCCCUUCUUUCUUUCUCAAUAACAUUUAAAGGUGCGAGAUAGAGUUUGGUCUCGGUCUACAUGUCAUUGAAAUGCCGAGGCCAAUCAUCAGAAUACUUGGCUCUGUAAUGUGAUCUCUGAUAUAGCGAAAUGGUACCUGUAGGUAAUAUACAUACUUCACAGUACACAAACAAGUCAACUAAGGCAUGUAAAUACGCGUAUUAUGAAGGGUUAACGAACAGAUGGAUGUUCGAGUAGUACGCCAUUCCUUUAAUACCAAUGGAGUCGAGACCCCGAAAGGGACUGAGGUAUAUUCCUUUUUAAAAGGCACAGGUCGAUACGAGUAUACCAUAUAUUGACCUGCUUAAAAUUUGCCUUUAUUAGACUCCUUCUUCCUACUAAUGGACACAGCGAUUGUUCAAUAUUGUAAAGAAUUGGGGUGUUCCACGAUCGGAUGAUUUGAAUGUAAAAGUAACAAGUAAUGACACGUAAUGACCACUAUAAAAUCACGUGGCUGUCUGACUGGGUGUUAGACAUUUUAAGGAUACUAAUAAAUUUUGAACCAGCGAUGUUUACAAAGAUACACUACAGAUAGCGGUUACAAUGCAGAUAAUUUGGUCACAGAUAGAUAUACUUGGGUAAUACACUUUUUGCAGAUAAUGAGUUCCUUUGAAACAACUCUGUUCCAAAUCCUGGUGUUAGAUCAAGGUUGACCUAAAACAAUGGCGUUAAAGAUGGAUUUUAACUUAUACCAUGUUCUUGCAGAUGUCACAUAGUUACCUUUCUGUAGACAACCCUGAGUUUGUCAAUAUCUGCGUAUUAUUGUGUACCCCUUCCGAAAGGGGGGAUGGAGUGAAAUAUUGUAAUAUAUAUAUAUAUGAUGAAUUUUUUUUCUUUUCCACAUCACCCGCUUAUAGCAAACUAAUUACCUACUUUCGAUUUGCAGCUAUAUGUGUUCAGUGCAUUUAAAACCAAAAAUUUACGUUGUUUAAAAAGUUUAAAUUUUAUUUGUUUUACGACGAAUAAAAUUAAACAAGUCCAGAAAUUCUCGAAGUUAACUUCUUGUCGGCUCGAAUAUUGGCAUGAAGAGGUCAUUGAUAUGGGAGGAAACUAUCUUAAUGGCGACAUAAGUUACUGUCAGAAUUUGCAAGUAGAGCGCAAACUAACUCUGACGUUGGGACUAUUGUCCACCCUGGUCACUUUAUAGAGUUAAGAGGAAAUAUGUUUCACUGAUCUAAGGAAAUCAGUGACAUGAUUUCAUCUAAGUAAUAAGUUUUGUAUUACAGUUGAUGAAACAACAUUCAAACCAUUUUUUUUGCAUGGAUCACGAACUAGAAGAAAACAGUCUUGUUUAUAUUAAUUAUAUAUCGAAAAUUUUCAUAAAUAAGACUUCCGUUACAAAUAUAGAAUUCGUGGUAAUUUACAACGUAAACAAUUUAAAACGAAAGUAGAUACAUCAACGUAUUUUCCUAAUUUUUUCACAAGGACUGCAGGUAAGCGCUCUGACUUUAUAUUGGUAAACUUUGAAUGCACAUAAUCAUGCAUUUGAUAUACAUGUACCUGCAUAGUACAUAUCAUUUUCAUAAUUAGUGCAAAGAAUUUUGAUCUGAAGUAUGUAUUUGAGUUUCGUUUUCAUACAUUAACAUUAAAUCGAUAAAAUCUUGUUAAUACAUAAUAGUCUCGGUUGUAUACAGUCAUGUUUAGGGAAUUCAUACAAGACUCAUAAGGAAACGAACGAUUGAGGAAAAAAUGAAAUAAAUUCAUGAUCUGAACAUAAAAUCAAAUGGCAAAGUGCCAGAGGAUGAUAAACCCGCGGAAAGAUUACAAAGCAUUAUAUGUAGAUAGUGCCUAUGGACAUUUUAAACAAAAUCCAUUACAUUGUUGACAGCUGUCGAUAUCAAAAUAAGAUAUUAUUGUUCAGGUAAGUGAUUUUUGAAAAUCAACUUCAUUAAAGUUGAGUGGAGCGGUUAUUUGAAAAAUUAUAUUCUGGCAUUGUGUUAAGAAAUGAGUAACCGACCUUGUCGUCAAAAAUUAUCCCAAUUUGAAAUCAUUCCAUUAAUCAGACAAACAUUGUUCUGUGUGUCUGAAAUCGGGGUACAAGUGAAUGCACAGGUGUAUGUAAAAUCGCUGAGUAUUUUAUUCUUUAGAAGAAAACAAUAAUUAAACUGAUUGGUCAAAAGAGACACUGAACACUUACUCAUACUUUAUUUUCCAUUCUUAAAAAUAUCUUCGAUUUAGUUGAAGAUAAAAAUAGUAACGCUAAAAAAUCGCCCUUUAUUACAUAUUAUAGGGUUAUUGAACUUAAAUAUCGGUCUUGUUGGAUUUGAAAAGUUCGAGAUUAUGUAAGCGAAUUUCCACUCCCAACGAUUAAUUAAUCAAAUAUUGUUUAACGUCCCUCUUGAGAAUCCUUCACUCGUGGAGACGUCACCGCUGCCAUUGAAGGGCUGGAAAAUUUAGGCAUUUGCUCGGCGCUUACGGCCUUUGAGUAGCCUCGUGUUUCUUUUUUUUUUUUUUUUUUUUUUUUUUUUGAGGUCUCAUCCGAAGGACCGCCCCAUUUAGUCGCCUCUUAUAACAAGCAAGGGGAACUGAGGACCUAUUCUAAUCCGGGUCCCCACGGGAUCACACCCAACGAGAGCCAAUAUUCACAAAUAUAAGUUCAAUGAUUCCUUAAUGAUUUAGCAAAACCAUAUUUCAGGGGCCGAUUUCACAAAGCUAACUUAAUUAAGACUCAUUUAUAUCUUAGGAAAAAACUUUUUUCUAAGUUCAUUAUCUAUUCGUUUCACUAACUUCGUCUUAUCGUAUAAAAUGUCUAGGUUAUGUCAUAACGUUUAAAAAAUCGAUGACUUAGGAACAAACUAAAUAAGGCGGCUGCAUAAUCGAAGCGAGCGGGUAUUUUAAGACAGAAAUAACGCAAUGGACUUCAUGGAUGAUCGUGAGGGUUAAGAAUUCCUUGACAUUUGAUGCAGGGUAUCUGUCAGGAGAUUGAAAAUGACGUUGCAAGAGUGAAAACCUAUGAGAAAGUUACAUGUAUUACCACUCUCCCUCAAAGUUAUGGCUACUUUACAGGUUUUCGCUAGCUACGGUUACAGAAAAUAUAGAGCACAUAUUUGACUACAUCACAAUCGGAGAUACUUUAUAGACCUUGAUCAGCUGCGACAUUGGUAAUUUAACAUGGACAAACGCGUGCUCAAUAAUGUAAACAUCAUUUUACUAGUUUUGCAGUUUACUUUGAAUUUAAAAGAAAUUGGGACCAUAUGGGGCCUUUACACUUUCUUUACAUCUUAAGGCCAUAGUAGAAUACGCACGUGAAAAAUAGAUUUGAAUCUAGAGUAAACUUAUACAUGUGCAUGUAUGUAAUUGAUUUCACCCCGUAGACUAAAUACAUGAAUCAUGGCCGAGGGUUUACGAGUUGUCCGCGGUCCAGAUUGGAAUCUUGGAAAUGAAGACAAAGGAGAGGGACACGUCGGCACAGUUGUCAAGGACAACGGGGACCAAACAUAUGACGUUGUCUGGGAUAUGGGAGGAAAGUCUACGUGCAGAGUUGGUAAAGGGGGAAAGUUUGAUCUUCGCAUUUUGGACAAUGCGCCUGUUGGAGUAAAGCACCUGUCUCGAACUUGUGAGGGUUGUCAGAAACGUACAAUUAUCGGCGUGCUUUGGAAAUGUGCCUCUUGUAAUGAUGUUAACUUAUGCACUCCGUGUUACUACCAAGACAAGCAUGAUCUAAAUCAUCCGUUUCAAAGGAUUGACAAAAUCCAUGCUACCAGUGUCGACGUUCCCAAGAGAGCCAACAGCGUCAAAAUGAGAGCACUUGGAAUUUUUCCAGGAGCAGAAGUCACUAGAGGCCCCAAUUGGGAUUUUGGAACUCAGGAUGGUGGGUCUGGAAAGAAAGGAAAUGUGGAGGACCUACGUGGAUACGGCUCAGAUGUCGGUGGAAGAAACGCAGUGCGUGUGCGCUGGGUAACUUCAGGGGAGGCAAAUGUUUACCGUAUCGGAUGCCGUGGAAAAGUUGACCUGCAAUGUGUGAAAGAGGCUCCGGGGGGACACUAUUAUCGAGAUCAUAUCCCUGUUGUUGGGAAGUCUGCACAGACGCAACAGAGGGGUGAAAGGAAAAUAUCUGCGGGCGAAACAUCGGAUUCUCUGCUGAAGAAGGGAGACAAAUGUGUCAUUGAUAUGCCAGAACAACCUUUGAAAGAAUUACAGAGAGGACAUGGAGGGUGGUCUAUUAGAAUGUCAGAGUGCAUUGGAGAAAUAGCUGUCGUGAAAGAUUUCCCUAGCGAUACCACUGUGGAAGUGGAAUACAAUGAAAGAAUUUACCAGUUCCAUGCAGGGGCAGUCCGAAAGGUUUACGACGUUAAAGUUGGUGACGUUGUGCAAGUCCUGAAGGAUGAAUCAAAAGCUCUUUUGCUCCAACGAAACCACGGUGGCUGGAAUGACGACAUGAAAAAGUCACUCGGUAUGGUAGGCAAGGUGGUCAAGAUAGACUCGGAUGGUGAUGUGGCCGUCGCCUUUGGUAACCAAGCUUGGGUGUAUAAUCCUGGAUUGCUGAUCCCUGCAAAUGGACGAAAAGUCGAUGUAUUGGAUGAUGAUGAUGAAGAAGAAAACGAACCGGAAGAUCCCUCUGGAUCGAGAGAUUCGCCCGAACCUGAUGUUAGACACCAGAUAGGUGGAAAUCUUGCUCAACUAAUGGCCCAUCUUGUUCUCCUCGAAGCCUUGGGUGCAAGACAAACAAUUGGUCCGCAAGAAAUGUUUAACGCAUGCGCAAAAGGAAACGUCAGUGCCGUGAAUCAAAUGAUUCAGAAAAAGAAAGAUCUGGUUAACAGCUGGUACAAAAACCUGACCCCUUUAAUGGUUGCCGGACACACAGGACAUGAAGAUAUUGUGAGGCUAUUGCUGCAGAAUGGGGCCAAUAUAAAUGCUGCAAACGACGAUGGAAUGACACCACUACUAGUAGCCAUAGCAGGGAAAGAAGAGGGCACCGCUAUUCUUUUGAUAAAGAACAAAGCCGACGUGAAUGUCAGUAACAAAAAUGAUCGGACUGCUGUACAUCUGGCCGUGGAUACGGGGCUGUUCCCAGUCCUUAAAGCUGUGCUGGAGGCCGGUGCCAGUCCCAACAAACAGGACGUGGAAGGAGAUACCCCACUGCAUGACGCCAUUGCCAAACGAAGUGAUAGGGCAGUCGCCAUUUUGUUAAGUCACCCACAAAUAAAUCUAAAAAUUGUUAACAAAAGAGGACAAAUACCACUGAUGUGGGCUGCCUUCAAAGACCAUGAUUUCGCUGUGGAACGGUUAGUUGCCAAGGAUCCGAGUCUUGUGAAUGCAAAGAAAAAUGACGGCUACACAGCUUUGCAUAUUGCUGCGAUUAAUGACCACACAGAUUCUGCGAACGUGUUAAUAUUAAAGGGUAAAGCUCAAAUAAACGCAAAAAAUUCACAGGGCUUAACACCGCUGCAUCUAGCCGCACACGAAGGAUAUGAUGACAUGGCGAAGGUUUUGAUUAUGAAUGGAGCCGACCUUAAUAUAGAGGACAGUGAUGGUGACACGCCGUUACACCUGGUUCUAGGCGGACGUCAGCAAACUGGAGGGAACGAUGCUUUUCUCCAACUUUUGGGCCUCACUCUUAAUCCGAGUUCUCAGAACCAAGAGCGAUUCAAUAUGGCUGCAUUGAUGAUUCAAAAGGGGGCCGAUUACGAGGCUAAAAACAAUAAAGGCAACACGCCGUUGGAUGUCUGCAGGAACGCAGAACUAAAAAGGGCCGUGGUCAACCUUAUACAGAAAACGCGAGCUAGUAGGCCGUCCACGGGUCGGAGAGGAGGGGCUGGGCAAUCGACCUCUGCUGCUGAGGUUUUGCAGGAACUGUUCUCCGAGCUGCCCAUCCCUUGUGUCCGGUGUAAGGACUCCAUGGCUAACACCCGUCUCAUUCCCUGUAAGCACAAGGUCCUCUGUACUGACUGCUCCUUCAGUGUCCAGCAGUGCCCAAUGUGUCGGCAACCCAUCAGCAAAAGAACCGAUCUGCAGGGUAGGAUACUUGAACCUUGUCGUGUACAGUAAGAGGAAGACGUGCUGAUUGUGACAAAACCUCUAAUUACGCCUUCAAGGAAGAGCUAUCACUAACAAAAAUGAACCGAGAUUGAUCUAUACUAAUAGCUGUUGUAGACUGUCUCAAUCAUUGGGGCAAUUAUAACCGAUUCAGAAAUUUUUUUAACUUCGUCUCGGAUCCUAAUGAUCAGCGUCAUAGCUUGUUUUCAUUGUAUUUCAUUUGACAUUUUUAUUGUAAAUACGCGGUAGCAGGAGAUGCUUACCCCUCUUUGGCACCUAAUCCCAUCCCUUGUGUGUCCAGAGGUCCGUGUUUGUACUACUCUUCAUUUUGUAUUCUUUGUGGGAAUUAUGAGAUUCAUCACUGUUAUCUUCACUUUUUCAUUCAGCUUAUUACAUACUUAGUUUCAGAUAAUACUCUUUGCAUGCAUGAAACAAAAGAUUUCAUUAUAAUUGGCAUAUCAUGUCCGACCAUUAUUGACCUUUAUACAUGUAUAACCCUAACAAAAUUUUUCCUUCAAGCUCACUUAUAAAAAUGUAUUCUAAUGUAAGUAUAAUUUGAACUUCAAAUUCUAUGUUUUCAACGAACUAUUUUCUUUUUUUAAAAUGAAAUAUAUUUAUAUAGUCUUAAUAAAUGGUACCUCUCCGUUUGUUAUAUUUUAACUAUAUUAUUAAAGGCAUAGUGUCUAUCUUUUAUCUCAAAAAUGACAUCACAAUAUUUUGCAAGAAGAACUCCAAAAAACAAAUUUGUAGUAUUAAUUAUGAGUUAUCUAUAGCUGCAGCGCUUUGAAAUUGAAGUCAUUUUGGCGUUUUAGCCCAUUACAAAAAUGUUGUCUGAAGGACAAUAUAUUAAACUGAUACCCCGCUGAUUGGUGGCUACACACAAACAUAAGAGAUGCGAAGUCAACAGGAUACCAGUUUAGGCAAAUGAGAACAGGGAAUUAUUUUGUAAUUACUAUCGUAUCCAAUGUGUUUGUAAACAUUCUGAAGAACUGUUUGUUUGUGAUUUUCUAGUUACGAUCUUAAAUUUCACCAACUUUUUUGAAACAUGCAAAAUUUCACUAAUAUCUUAGACCCUAUGCCUUUAAGUAUCUAAUUAAGUAUGUAUAUAAACAAACAACACGUACUCUUUUCAUUAUCACACUCCGUAAGCGCCUGAGGGCUGAAGGCAAAUUAUUUCUAAUAGUUUCAUUGUUACUGUGUAUUUGUUUCACCUAUGAAAACAAAGAAACGUUGUUGUUAAUUCAUAUCCAUAUUACAUAUUUGACUCUCUCAAUGCUUAUAAAAUGACCGGAAUAUUGAUGUGUGUCUGUUACAUAAACAUAAAUCUUUGACCCCUCUAUAUCUAAUAAUAUAUUACAUCAAGUAGGCCUAUGUAUAUUAUAUAUGUCUAUAUCCAUCUAUCUACAUGUAUCUAUCUAUCUAUUUAUCUACAUUGAAUAUAUCUCCUGUGUGUAAAACAAAAUGAUAUAUAAAGUAUCCCUGUAACCUCACGUCUGAUGUGAAACACGGUAUUACUUGUUUAUUUAUGGACUUGUAUAUUGUUGAUUCUCUCGAUGUCCGAUUUCAAUGCUGUGUUAGAAAGAACACGACUGACACCACGAUGUCUGACUCCACGAUGUCUGAUUGAUUGAUUCCCUGAUAUCUGAAGUAUUAAUCCAUCAAUAUUGUGAUUUAUAACUACAUCGUAUAUUAAAGUUAAAAUAAGUCACCGUGGAUCCGUUAACAUUGGAUGCAAAGUAUUAUAGAACGUAACGUAGAUCCUUCUGUAGGUUUAAUGUAAAAUUAGUAUAUUAUUGUGUAAAACUAGUAGCUUUUAUUAGCAAACCACUAUACUCUACGUACAUUAAUAUCGAUGUUUUGGUAUCUAAUGAAAACAAUGUAUAUGUAGUAUACAAUAUAUCAUUUAGUGUGUGUUGAAAAGGAUAUUUUAUGUAAAACAAUGUUAACAUAUUUGACCCUUGCAUUUGAUACUGAUGAUUGUGUAGAAUACGGAUAAUAUUGAUCUGAUGAUCUGACGUAAAGAUUGUAGCUAUCAUUUUCUUUUUAACCUGCGUGUUGAAAUAAAUUGUUUUAAUUUUGA